AUGAACUCGAAUUCUGGCUCUCUUUUCGGAGGGAGCGGCUUGGGGGCUACCACAACCCCACAGCCAGCCAGCCUGUUCUCCUCAAACAAUGCCACCGGUGGGCUUGGUGCUUCCUCGACUACAAAUGCGCAAGGCGCACAAACCUCCUCCCUGUUCGCGGGCCAAUCCCAAGCUCAGCCACAGCCUACACAGUCUUCCAUCCUAGGGCAGACUCAGCAACAAGCCAGCGAUGGACAAGCGCAAGGACGACCUUCAAGCCAAUCGACACAGCCGGCUUUCUUCAACAGUUUGUUGGAACGUGGCAAAAAGCGGCCGCUUUCUGCGGCGGCACAGAACACCAACUUUGAAGACGUGCCGAGUCUUCAAUUGGGUCUAGAUGAUAUUCGCAGAAAAGCACGAGAACUGGGGACAGCGACACACAAAGAGGCCCAACCCAAUACUACCAAAGCUCAUUAUCUGCUGGCAGCAUCCGGUAUCUCUCCAGGCCAGGCAUUGCGAGACCUCAAGUCUCUGGAUCCUCAAGCAUCCCUCGCGCCAUCUGCGAAAGACGUCGAUAGUUUUGACCCGGACAACCAGAGGUUCUUGCGGAACAUCCAGCAGCGUGGCCGACAGGUGAUGAUCGCGGAAAGCCUUGCUCGCGCCCAUCGAGAUUUUGAUGCGUUUCUGGAGGAGAGGGUGGACAUGGACUGGGAAGAUCAACGCCAGAAAAUUUUCCAGCAUUUUGGACUUUCCCAAAAGGAUGGUUCAGGCGCCGGUGACCUCAGAUCGACUACAAGGGGCGCUUUUGGCCGAUCAGGACGACAGUCUAAGCAAACAGCGGGCGGUUCAGCACACGGCCCUUCCACCGCCUCGCGCAGGAGCGUUUUUGGCCGUUCCGGUCUUGAGAAAUCUGUCAUAGGAACACCUGGAAUUGGCUUGGCGAACCGCCAGCUCUUCGAGGAUCCGGCGGAACGAAAUGAAGGGCCUUCUGCCCCCUCGCCCGAUCUCAGGUUCCUGCGCGAGAAAAUGGGCCACUAUGCCGAGAAGGUUCAGCAAUUGAACACCAUUCGGCUCCAAGGACAGACCUAUCCCAUCCUUCACGAGUUUUCGGAUGUUGAACAGCACACGGGUGGAGAUGCUCCUCGACAACUCUUCGACGCCUAUCAAGCUUUGAUUCGGAUAGUUCAUGAAAACCCCGGCAUUGCUGGCCCAUUGGAGCCCGGCGCUAUCAAAGAGCGUCAAUACGCCGAAGACUAUAUGGAGGAAUCAUCCAAGUCCCGAAAGGCAGUUCACCUCCGGAAGCAAAUCCUUGAUGGAUCAAGGGGAUUCCUUGAGAAUAUGUUUUUCAGCGAGGUGGAGAAUGUCGUCGCAAAAAAUCCUCGGGAAGCCCAGCUUGGAGGAAUUCCAACCGUGAUCAGCAAGAUCCGCGCAUACAUCCGCCUUAGGGCUGCGAGGAAAGAUCUGGCGCCGGACGGGGCCGAACUGCAGAUGGUUGGCCAAGACUAUUGCUGGAUCCUCAUUUUUUACCUUCUUCGAUGCGGGUUUGUGACCGAGGCGGCCGAAUAUGUCAGCCAGGAUCCUGGAUUCCGGUCUUUGGAUCACAAGUUUGUGACGUACAUGACUACCUAUGCGCAAAGCCGGCGACUGCCACGAGACCUGCAGCAAAAGAUCAAUGGCGAGUAUCAGCAACGGUCCAGAAACGCUCCCGACAACACUGUCGACCCCUAUCGAAUGGCUUGUUACAAGAUCAUCGGCCGCUGUGACCUUGCUCGGCGUCGGUUAGAUGGCGUGAACCAGAGCGUGGAGGAUUGGAUGUGGUUGCAAUUCAGUCUCGCUCGAGAGGAUGAUCGCACUGAGGAAGUUGCGGGAGACGUUUUCGGUUUGGAAGACAUCCAAACCGACAUUACCGAAAUUGGGCAAAGAGUCUUCACCAAGGGCCAGGAAGGGCCAGGUGGAUAUGGGACUUUCUUCCUCUUGCAAAUCCUGGGAGGAAUGUUUGAACAAGCCGUGGCCUAUCUCGGCACCUACUCCCCUGUCACUGCCGUCCAUUUUGCCAUCGGUUUGGCGUACUAUGGUCUCUUGCGCGUUUCUGACUUUUACACCUCCGGAGAAGAGAUCUUGUCCUUCACCGUGAAGCAAUACCCUCAGAUUAAUUUCGGGUAUUUGAUCACUCAAUACACGCGCGAAUUCCGCACAGGUUUUGUCGAGGCAGCCGUCGAUUACUUUACCUUGAUCUGCCUCAACGCAGAUCUUCCGGAUUCCCUAGGCAAGUCUCAGGCGUCGGUAUGCCAUGAGGCUUUGCGUGAGUUCAUCCUCGAGACCAGGGACUUUGCCAAACUCCUCGGCGAUAUCCGUGCCGACGGAACGAGGAUCAAAGGUGUGAUCGAGCAGCGUCUUGAUUUAAUCAGGCUCGAGGACCAGGAAGAAUUUUUGAAGACCAUUACGAUGCAAGCCGCUGCCGUGGCGGAUGACAAGGGCUUGAUCACCGAUGCCGUGCUCUUGUAUCACCUGGCCGAAAACUAUGACCGGGUGAUUGAUAUCAUUAACCGGGCUCUGUCGGAUGCAAUCGCCGUGGAACUGGGCGACGCCAUGCCGAAGCUGCAGCCUCUCCAUCCCCGAGUCGAACAGGGCCACAAUGCGUACCGCUCGGGUGACCCAGGAACAAUUGAACCGGGAAGCAGUCUCAGCUUGACCACCGUGGAUGAUCCGAUCGUUCUCGCCAAGAAUAUCAUUGGCCUCUACGACCCGAACACGAUGUAUUACAAACAAAUCCGCCAGAUCAACCGGGAUUCUUGUGGGCUGCUUCUCCGUAUGAUGGAAGCGAAGACCCUGGUGGAGGCCUGCCAAUGGACGUCAGCGCUAGACGCGAUCAACGCAUUGGGCGUGCUGCCAUUACAAACUAAUGGUUCUGUUCCGCACAUUCGAAGUGCCGCGCAGGCGUUCUCCUCUUUCCCGCCGAUUAUUUCGCGCAACAUCGGGCAUGUCAUCAUGUGGAGCAUCACUUGUAUUGGCCAUGAGCGUCACAGGCAAACUUCAGGGGCGUAUGAGAGUGAAAUGCGGCAGGGCCUGGCGGAGGGACUGCUCGUCAUGGCCAAGGAUCUCAUGGUCUUCUCGGGCAUGGUCAAGUACAAACUGCCACCACGAGUUUAUGAGACUCUGGCGCGGGCUGGGGCCGACAUCGGGGCGUAUUAG